GGCGCAAAUCUCCUCCACUGCGGCCCUACCGGCCAGAAUUCAUCUCCGCAGCCAGACUUCUCCGUCCGAGCUCUCAACAGCUCACUCUUCUCACGAUUCGUGCUCGUCCAACUCUGGUGGGUGGUGGUAGACGGCCGGCGACGAGCUGAUUUGCCAAGUCUGGUGCUGUGAUUACUGCCCCACAGCAAGUCUUCUGCUGGCUGAAGCUUAUGGGCGCCAAGAUCCAGGCCUAGAUGCAUUACUCGAGAGGAGGCUCAGGGAUGAGAAUGUGCCUCUAGAAUAAUGUCUGUGCUUACCUGCGUGAUUGAAAGCAUGGGCUCAUCCUGUAGCAGACAUCAUUCCUUAAACGAGGCUGAAGCAGCUGAAAAUGCAAAGUCUGCUGACAUCGACCGGCGGAUUUUGCAAGAGACAAAGGCAGAGCAACACAUCCACAAGCUCUUACUUCUCGGUGCUGGAGAAUCGGGAAAGUCUACAAUAUUUAAACAGAUAAAGCUCCUUUUCCAAACUGGUUUCGAUGAGGCAGAACUUAGAAGCUAUACUUCAGUCAUCCAUGCGAACGUAUAUCAGACAAUUAAAAUUCUAUAUGACGGAGCUAAAGAGCUAGCCCAAGUGGAACCAGAUUCCUCAAAAUAUGUUCUAUCCCCAGAUAAUCAGGAGAUUGGGGAGAAACUAUCAGAAAUUGGUGCAAAAUUGGAUUACCCAUUGCUGAACAAAGAACUUGUACAGGAUGUAAGGAAAUUAUGGCAAGAUCCAGCCAUUCAGGAAACUUAUUCACGCGGAAGUAUUCUGCAAGUCCCUGACUGUGCACAGUACUUCAUGAGCAAUUUGGACCGAUUAGCUGAAGUAGAUUAUGUACCAACAAAGGAGGACGUGCUUCAUGCAAGAGUACGGACGAAUGGUGUGGUAGAAACUCAGUUUAGCCCUCUUGGAGAGAGCAAAAGAGGUGGAGAGGUCUAUAGGUUGUACGAUGUAGGAGGCCAAAGAAAUGAGAGAAGGAAGUGGAUUCAUCUUUUUGAAGGUGUUAAUGCUGUAAUCUUUUGUGCUGCCGUUAGCGAGUACGAUCAGAUGUUAUUUGAGGAUGAGACGAAGAACAGAAUGAUGGAGACCAAAGAACUCUUUGACUGGGUCCUAAAGCAAAGAUGUUUUGAGAAAACCUCAUUCAUGUUGUUUCUCAACAAAUUCGACAUAUUUGAGAGGAAAAUACAAAAGGUUCCUUUGAGUGUGUGUGAGUGGUUUAAAGACUACCAGCCUACUGCGCCUGGCAAACAGGAGGUUGAACAUGCCUACGAGUUUGUGAAAAAGAAGUUUGAGGAGCUCUACUUCCAGAGCAGCAAGCCAGACCGCGUAGACCGAGUGUUCAAGAUUUACAGAACAACCGCCCUGGAUCAGAAACUUGUGAAGAAGACAUUUAAGUUGAUCGACGAGAGCAUGAGGCGCUCCAGAGAAGGAACCUGACCAAGCAUGGGUUGUUGCUAGUCACAAGAAAAGUAAUUAGGAUGGUGGGAGGAACAGAGUUUACGGUGUCACAGCUUUGCUGAUUGUAAUUCUUUUUUGGACGGGGAACAUUUUAUUGAUCUCUUUGUUCUUCCACAAGCUAGUGAAGAUGUUUGUUGCGCGCCGUGGCCUGUGGAAAAUUUGGACCCUUUGCGUCAUGUCGCGGUCAAGUUCAUUAGUUGCUGAUUGUGAUCCUGAAUUUGUUGUCCAGAAAUAGCUGAAAGUUUGAUUUCAGGUGUUGUGGCUGAAAA